GGCUCGCGCCUGUCCAGCUCUAACUUCUAAGUGGCGCGGCUGGCGCCCAAGUCAUACUUAAGCUUCCGAACGCGUAUAUUUUCAUAUGAUUUCCUUCACUUUGCUUGUUAAAUACUUCAAAAGCUUCCUUCAUACGAUUUCCCUCUUUCGAUUUCAUUCUUAAGCUUCCGAACGCGUAUAUCAUUCAUAUGAUUUCCUUCACUGUGCUUGUUAACUCGCGAAGUAGAGCCUGAACCUAUGGAGAUUGGCACAAGCUUAACAUCCUUAUCAUGCGAAGCCCCAAGUUCUGGUAUCAUUGUAUUGAAAGGGCAUACAUCUGAGGUUUUUGCAUGUUCUUGGAGUCCAUCAGGUUCACUUCUUGCGUCUGGGUCUGGAGAUUCGACAGCACGAAUUUGGACAUUUCGAGAUGGACCUUGGAGUUCUAGAAUACUGAGUGCACCAAUAAAUGUUGCUUUACUGAAGCAUUUCAAAGGUCGUAUAAAUCAGAAAAGCAAUGAUGUUUCAACACUUGAUUGGAAUGGUGAUGGUACAUUACUGGCUACAGGUUGUUAUGAUGGUCAGGCAAGAAUAUGGAACAGAGAUGGCGAAUUGAUGAGUACAUUGACCAAGCACAGAGGGCCAAUCAUCUCCUUGAAAUGGAACAAAAAGGGUGAUUAUCUUCUAACUGGUAGUUUGGAUAAAACUGUCAUUGCGUGGGACAUGAAGGCUGCGAAAUGGAAGCAACAGUUUGAAUUUCACUCAGCACCUGCACAUGACGUUGAUUGGCGAAACACUACCUCAUUUGCGACUUGCUCCGCUGAUACCAUGAUAUAUUUCUGCGAAAUUGGGGUUAACACACCAGUUAAAACUUUUUCAGGGCAUCAGGAUGAAGUUAAUGCUAUCAAGUGGGACCCAUCUGGUUCCUUGCUGGCUUCGUGUUCAGAUGAUUUCACAGCCAAAAUAUGGAGCUUGGAGCAGGACACAUGUGUGCAGGAUUUAAGGGAACAUACUAAGGAGAUAUGCACAAUUAGAUGGAGUCCAUCAGGCCCAGGUACAAACAACCCUAACCAGCAGUUGAUGCUGGCAAGUGCCUCUUUUGACUCAACCAUAAAGCUAUGGGAUGUUGAAUUAGGGCGUGCUAUCCACACUUUGAAUGGGCACAGGGCUGCUGUUUAUUCAGUGGCAUUUAGCCCAAAUGGUGAGUACCUGGCCAGUGGGUCCCUCGACAAUUCCGUGAUUAUAUGGUCUGUGAAGGAAGCUAAGAUUGUGAAGACCUACACCGGGAGGGGUUGUAUUUUUGAAGUUUGUUGGGACAAAGAUGGAAAGUGGGUUGCUGCAUGUUUCUCAAAAGAUCUGGUUUGUGUCUUGGACGUCCGCAAGUUGUAGAAAAUGUACUCAGUUCACACACGGGGAAUGUGAUUCCAAUUUGGGUGAUCAUUGGUGAAAACAUGGCCGCAUAUAGAUUUGCAACGGUUUCAUUAACAAUAUUAGAUUAAAUCUGAUAUUUUUUUGUUAAAAAUUAGAUUAUACUCCCUCCGUCCUUUAUAACUUUGCCAACUUUCCUUUUGUGUAUGUCCCAUUAACUUUGACACUUUCCCUUUUAAAUAAAGAAUUUGUGAUUUCAGUUAAUUC